GCAGUCUUCAUCCAAACGCGUAUCGAGACGGUUCUGUGCAUCUCCGUUUUCUAGGUUCACGUACAAAAAGCAGUUGAAAUUUAUUGAAAAUACAAAAAUAAAAGAAAAUUUAAAAUAAUACAACAGCAAUAACAACAACAGCGAAAUAGAUAAAGAGGAUUGUGUGAAUAAUUGAAUCUUGGCGCUGAUAAAUCCAAGUGCAAUUUUUGGAACCCACGAAAGUGAAAGAGAUUAGCACGUUGAGUACGCGAGUGUGUGUGUUUGUGUGUACGAGUGUGUGUUCUGUGGAUACUUGCUUCUUAUCCGUGUUUGGAGGUGCCAAUGCGUUUCGUUGAUUUCGGCAACGUUCCUGCUACCGCUGCUCCUCCUGCUCCAGCUCCAGCUGCUGCUGCUGCUGCUGAUUCGAUUUUGCCUCUCGCGGUGCCGACUCCACUCGACUCGGCUCGGUGCUCUCAAUUUUGCGGCCAGUUUUGUGACAUAGAAAAUUUGGGCAAAAUCGUGAAUACAUAUAUCGUCGUCGUAUAUUGUAUGUUGUAUCUGUGCUUCACUGCGUCAACCUAGAGACUGCGGCACGGUUCUUAACUUUUGCCUCCUGUCGCAUAUAUUUUUAAGACGUAGCCUCGAGUGUACGUCAACAACACCAACAACAACAUCAACGAGAGCGACAGCAACUCUGAAGUGAGAAAGUCAAUAAACAUACGAAAACAACAACACAAAUUUGAAUUCAAUUUGAAAAUUGUGCCACACACACACACACAUUUUGAAAGUGGUUUAUUUUGCUUUUUAUGUGCGUGUGUCUGCGCGUGUUCGUUCGUGUUGCACCAACGAAAGGCAAAGUGUGUUGCAAGCAAGUGUUUGUGUCUGGUUGUGAGUGCCGUAACUACGUACUUCUAAAGGACUUUGCUAAACUUCACCUCGAGAGCGUGGGAUUUUCAUAAGGCAACAUUUUCUGCAUACAGCUGAUAACUCGCUGUUGGCCAAGAAAACAACAAUAGCAAAACACGUGAGAUACACAAUAGGUAGCACUCGACAUCAGACGCAAUUAGCGUAGACAUCGCAUACGCUGAAUACAUAAACAACCAACAGCUAUAAAUUUGCAACGCCCCAGGAAAAUGCAUUGCAGCAGAACAAGCAAUUAAAACAGAGACCGAGGUCCUGCACGAGUCCUGCCACACACACAAAUACCGACUACAGAGUACCGUGUACUGUGUACCGCCUAGUGCCUGUCGGUUGUUGUCGUCUGUUGUUGGUUUUUGGGCUCGCUGUGCUCAAAACCUAUUUUGAAUAAUUAAAAUUCCGUAAGUGCUGCUGCAGUUGACGACAACAAAACUUUUGCAACAAUCUGCGGCGAAGGCAACAACCACAACCACGAUAACAACAACAAGGUGUGCAACAAUGAAAUAAUUAAUUCAAUGCACCUGAAUACGCCAGCUUACACAUAGAAGCUCCUUCAAAUCCAAUUGAGAGCAAUAGCCACAAGCAAAAGAAAAGCUGAAGCAAAACAAGCAACAAACAAACAACGCGACGAACAAUUAAAGCAAAUACCGAAAACUAACUAACCAAUCAAGUGGAACAGCAAAAAGAGAGGCAACAACUGCAAAAUGGCGGAACACAGGCCAAUGUCAACAAUUAGCCAAUGCAAGGAUAACCAAAGACAUAUCCGCAAGAGGACACAGCUACCUGUCCUGCCGCGCUCACUGUCUAUUGUCAUCGCAUUGAUGUUGCUAUCACAGCAGCUCUGGGAGAACGCCUCCGCCCAGGGUCUUAUGACCAAGCACGAGCCGAUGUUCAUAUCACGUUCGGAGACAUUCAAAUUCAUUGCCGGAGACAUAAUAGUGCUGCCCUGUGAAGUGGCCAAUACGGAACCUUAUGUGGUUGCCUGGAAACGUGGCAUCGCCAUCCUUACCGCCGGCUCCGUCAAGGUGACACCCGAUCCGCGUGUGCGUCUGGUGAGCGGCUUCAAUCUGCAGAUACGUGACGCUGUGCCACAGGAUGCCGGCGAUUAUAUUUGCCAAAUUGCCACUAUGGAACCUCGCGAAAUUACACAUACCGUCGAGAUACUGGUGCCACCAAGGAUUCAUCACAUUAGCACCGGCGGACAUUUGCAAGUCAAAAAAGGUUCAUCAGUGCGCAUUGAGUGCUCGGCCUCUGGUAAUCCAACGCCAAAUGUGACUUGGAGCCGCAAAAAUAAUAUUUUGCCCAAUGGAGAAGAGAAGCUGCACUCGCACGUCCUGUCCAUCGAGAAUGUGGAUCGUCAUAAGGGCGGCGUCUACAUAUGCACCGCCAACAAUGGUGUCGGCCAGCCCGCAUCCAGUCAAGUCGUCCUGCACGUCUUAUACCCACCAGAAAUCUCCGUGGAGCGUCCCGUUGUCUUCUCCGGCGAGGGACAUGAGGCGAUGCUCGUCUGCAUCGUGCACGGCGAAACACAGCCUGAGGUAAUUUGGUUCAAAGAUACCAUGCAAUUGGACACCACCGAGCGCCACAUCAUGGAGAAUCGCGGCUCACGUCACACGCUGAUUAUACGCAAAGUGCAUCCGCAGGACUUUGGCAACUACUCCUGCGUGGCUGAGAAUCAACUUGGCAAGUCACGCAAAACUUUACAGCUCAGCGGAAAACCGAAUGUUGCCGUUUUUAAUUCACCAGCAAUCAGUCAAUACAAGGACAGAUACAACAUCUCCUGGGCAGUGGACUCGCAUACACCCAUCGAAGAGUACAAGUUGUCCUUCCGCAAGCUGCCACAAGGACAUGAGGUCGUUGACAAUGCCAUUGACUCGCAAUCCUCGCUGUCGUCAUCGUCAUCAUCAUCAUCGUCGUCGUCGCACUCAUCCCAAAUGUACGGCUCGGCCACCCACAAUCAUCGCAUUGGCAGCAACUUGGGCAACUAUGGUGGCUAUGGCAAUCUGAUGCACUGGGGUCACAAUGAUUGGCGCGAUGUUGUGCUCCCUGCUGUCCCCCUCUCACACCACUACACGCAAGGCAUGAGCUACAUGGUGCGCGGACUUGAUCCCGAUCAACAGUACGAGGCCACAGUGCAGUCCCGCAAUCGCUAUGGCUGGAGCGACUUGACCAACAGUUUUUUCUUCUCCACGUCAUCAAAUGAUGUACUUGUCGAUCUGUCAACAUUCUUAAAUCACGGUCAGUCAGAUAACGAGAUGCGAGACCUGAGUGUAACGUUCUAUGGCAGCGGCGCUGUGAAUCGACAGAAACUGAGCCUCAUCACAUUAAGCGGAGCCACGCUGAUGCUGCGAUUAAUCUUGGCUUAGAUCUGUGGUACCAUCUACAAAUUAGUUUAAUUUGAUUUAAGUAACGAAUUUCACCGCCAAUAGCAUUAAAAUGGAUGGGUUAUGAUUUGAUCAGUUAUCACAAAGCAAAGGAACAAUAUUCAAAACACAGUCGAGUUGUAACUAGCUUAAGGACAUAACAUAAUACGAGUAUGUACUGCAAAAACACAUAGAACAUUAUUUCUCUCAAGCGCUCUCAAAUUUUGCAUUUUCAUCCAACAAACAACCAAACAAACAUUUCAUACGCAAAAGAACUUUAUUCGAAUGGAAAACACUUAAGCAAGUAACAUUUAAAUGGAACCAUAUAAGUAUACAUACUUACUUACGAUACAAUCAAUGUAAUAGCAUAAGACAUAAGCGAGACACUGUGCAUUCUAGAGAUGGCACUCACUGUGCAUAUGAAAUCAUAAUUACCCAUAAAUACAUUCAUACGAAAACAUUUCAGCAUUUCAGCACUCGAACAACACGUAACUCAAAUUAAGUGUAAAUAGAUUUUAUUGCAUACUUUUAGGAGUAGGCAUCAAUUGCACCAAAGAAAGUAAAACCGACAAAACCAAAGACAACCUAAUGAAGAGCGACGAUGAUUUAAUUGAUAUAAAUAAAUACACACUCACACAUACACACACACUUGCACACACAAUCUCUUGCAUAGUUUGUAUCUAUAAUAAUGUUUAGUCAAAUGGCAGAUAUGCUAGUGUGUGUGCGUGUGGUUGUGUAUGUGUUUCGUAAGUAUCUGGUAUCUUGUAUAUGUUAAUUUAAUUAACAUUCCAGAGCAUAGCCAAUUAUUCAUACUUACACACAAAAGCUGCGUAACUAAGUGUAUUUUCUCAUUCUCACACAUUCAUUUCCAUAAUUUAAGAUGAAAUUGCAACUGAAACAAUUUCGGUUUGAAUUUCCAAUUACGAAAUGCUAAACGCAAAAUCGCAGUUUUUCAAAGCUUUUUGCUAUUUUGAUGUCUGCAUGUAGAGUAAAAUACUAUGUCUGUAAUUAAGUAGCAUAAAUUAGCAACAAAGUAAUCGAAUACACUUUGAUUUCUAUUUGUAAAUUACAUAAAUACACUUUGACACACUCACACACUCAACACUCAAAACUCACUCUUAGUCUAAUGCUUUGUAUUACAGUUAGCGAGUAAGUGUAAAUAAUACGAUUUGAAAUUGGAAAAACAGCUUAAAUGGCCAAGUAAUGGAUAUAUAAAUAUAAAUAUAUUUAGCAAAUGAUAUUUAUACAAAUCUUAAAUGCAUUCAACUAUAAUAUUGAAAUAGGGUGUUGCGGUUAUGGUGAUUUGUUUCUUCCAAUAUUCCAGUAUUUCUUUUGUAAAUAAAUCGCACCCAACUCAACAAUGUACUCAACAAAACAA